CGGGGAGAUGAUGUCAGGGCGGGCGGGCCGCCAUGGUGCCCGGGCGCUGAGGGAGGCGGCACGGCCCGGCCCGGCUCGGCUCGGCACGGCUCGACCCGGCACGGCACCAUGUCGGGGCCGAGCGCCGUGUCGGAUCCCCAGCACCCCGCUCGGUUACUGCGGGCCCUCAGCUCGUUCCGCGAGGAGAGCCGCUUCUGCGACGCGCACCUGGUGCUGGAGGGCGAGGAGAUCCCGGUGCAGAAGAACAUCCUGGCGGCCGCCAGCCCCUACAUCAGAACGAAGUUGAAUUACAAUCCUCCUAAGGACGAUGGCUCAACGUAUAAGAUUGAACUUGAAGGGAUAUCUGUUGAUAUCAUGAAAGAGAUACUAGAUUACAUCUUCAGCGGCCAGAUCAGGCUAAAUGAAGAAACAAUCCAAGAUGUGGUACAGGCAGCUGAUCUCCUGCUGCUUACAGACUUAAAAACUCUCUGCUGUGAGUUUUUAGAAGGCUGCAUAGCUGCUGAGAACUGUAUUGGUAUUCGGGACUUUGCACUGCACUAUUGUUUGCAUCAUGUUCACUACCUUGCCUCAGAGUAUCUGGAAACUCAUUUUCGAGAUGUCAGCAGCACGGAGGAAUUCUUGGAACUGACUCCUCAAAAACUGAAAGAAGUACUGUCAAUGGAAAAGCUCAAUGUUGGAAACGAAAAAUACGUCUUUGAAGCGGUUAUCAGGUGGAUUUCUCAUGAUUCAGAAUCAAGAAAGGUUCACAUGAAGGAUGUCAUGUCAGCAGUGUGGGUGUCAGGCCUGGAUGCAGCGUACUUACGGGAGCAGAUGAUGAGCGAACCGCUGGUACGGGAGAUUGUCAAAGAAUGCAACAAUAUUCCGCUCACGCCACCGCAGCAGGGAGAGGCGAUGCUGGCCUCCUUCAAGCCCCGGGGCUACUCAGAGUGUAUCGUCACUGUCGGUGGAGAGGAAAGAGUAUCACGGAAACCAACCUCAGUGAUGCGGUGCAUGUGUCCUCUUUAUGACCCCAAUAGGCAGCUCUGGAUUGAACUUGCUCCUAUGAGUAUUCCAAGGAUCAAUCAUGGAGUAUUGUCAGCAGAAGGAUUUUUAUUUGUGCUUGGUGGUCAAGAUGAAAACAAAGGAACGCUAAGCUCUGGAGAGAAAUAUGAUCCAGAUACCAAUUCAUGGAGUUCCUUGCCACCGAUGAAUGAGGCACGACAUAAUUUUGGUGUGGUAGAGAUUGAUGGAAUUCUGUAUAUUCUGGGAGGCGAGGAUGGUGAAAGGGAGCUAAUCUCUAUGGAGAGCUAUGAUAUUUAUAGCCGUACCUGGACCAAGCAGCCAGACUUGACUAUGGUUAGAAAGAUUGGCUGCUAUGCAGCUAUGAAGAAGAAAAUCUAUGCAAUGGGUGGAGGCUCCUAUGGAAAGCUCUUUGAAUCUGUUGAGUGUUAUGAUCCUAGGACUCAGCAGUGGACAGCAAUUUGUCCUCUGAAAGAGAGAAGAUUUGGGGCAGUGGCCUGCGGAGUUGCCUCUGAGCUUUAUGUAUUUGGUGGGGUCAGGAGUCGUGAUGACAGUCAAGCCAGCGAGAUGGUGACAUGCAAAUCUGAAUUUUAUCAUGACGAGUUUAAAAGGUGGAUUUAUCUAAAUGACCAGAACCUGUGUAUCCCAACUAGUUCUUCUUUCGUGUAUGGAGCUGUGCCCAUUGGAGCCAGCAUUUACGUGAUUGGGGAUCUUGAUACAGGUACAAAUUAUGACUAUGUUAGAGAAUUUAAAAGAAGCACGGGAACCUGGCAGCGCACUAAGCCACUAUUUCCAUCGGACCUUCGCCGUACUGGCUGUGCAGCUUUGCGGAUCGCAAACUGCAAGCUCUUCCGACUGCAGCUUCAGCAGGGAUUAUUCCGCAUUCGUGUACCUUCUCCGUGAUCUGUAUGCUGCCAGUGGAGGAGACUGGAAGAAUUCUGCGCAGUCCACCAUAAUAUAGCUCUAUAUAAAGGAAAAGCUGAGAAAUUACAACUGAAACUUACACUGUAUGCUGUGCUUUGGUAUGGUAACUGUUUUUGUUUUAAAUGCUUAAAAAGCUUGAGUCUCAGUUCUUGUUUCGGGGACAAAUAACUUACGUAUACAUUAAAAAGAAGAGGGGGGAAAAAACGGGAAUCAAGGAAACACCUUCAGUCGUAACCGUUUGGACUCUAAAGCGUGUUAUUGAAGGAGGUUUGCUGUGUCUGGAACUGGUGGGAAUUGGUAUUCCUUUGGCAAAGGUUAUUGAAAAGCAAAAAAAAGAUCUAAGGUGCGUUUCCCCUGAGGGGAACUGAUAAGAAUAAAUGUGCUAUCUCGGACUGGAUAGCUAUAAUACGCAGAAGCUAUAUGAAAACCAACCUCCCUGGUAUACUGCAAGGACUGUUGUUUGACUGUAAUGCCGCCGGAGAUGUUGGUUGUUGCACCUUUUACUUCUAGUCCUUCCUCAAAAGUUAAGGUCUGUGCCUAAAAAUGGUGGAGGUGUGUACAUACGUUUUUCAUUCAUUUGCAAUGUUUUCAUUCCUAAAAAUAUUUUUAAUAUAUUUAAAAUGGACUAAUCUAAAAUGGAUACAGUAUACUGUAGAGAAGUAAACUUUUUUCUACGCUGUCAUUUGAAUAGCCUGGUGAACUGGUGUACAGAUGGGCGGCAUGUGUUCCUGCAUGGAUUUUAGAGGCCGUUUUCUUGAAGUAAAGGGAAGUGGCGUUUGGAACGGUUCGUGACAAUUGCUGCUCUUGGUAAAAGACAACAAAACUUGAGAAAUUAAAGAAAAUAGGUUAUGUUCCUUUUUACUUCAGAUCACGUGAAAACUAGGAAAAUGUUUUUUAAGAUUGAGGAUUAUAGGAAGAUGCAUUUUAUCUCUGUUGGAACAAAGGUAAAAUAUGACAAGGAUAUAUUUGUUUCACAGAGAAAAGGAUUUUUUUUUUUUGGACUAUCAGUUAAGGAAAAUCAGUACAGCUAUUUUAAAUUGGGAUCAAAAGUUGGUUUACUAAUAAUUUCCAUGCUAGGGUGCAGAGUCUCGUUUCCUGCUGCUUGACUUUGAAAGCUGGGUUUUAUGGUGUGGUUAUAGUGAAGAAUUUGGUAUCUUGCAUUUUAUUUCUUAGCAAGUCUUGUUCACAUCGUUAGUGAUACUUAACUGACUUUUGUUCAUAGUAAAAAUCGGCUGGUAGAACACUUUACCUCACUUUUUAAUGUCACUGUUGUUUGUGAUGGGUGGGAUGUAAUCUAUAUUUAUUUAAAAGGAAUAAAGCAAGAGAGGUGAAAAUAGAAAUAAGGCUUCCUGCCCUUCAGAAAAAGAGUUUUUGUAUAACCAGUAUUAUAACUACAUAAAAUACUUUCCACUCUGCAAUUUUGUGGACCUCAGACAAGCCAAUCUCUGCCCUCAGUUGUUAGUGUAAACCUGUGUCAUUUUUACUGAAUCAUCUUAAGUCUGCUGAAGAACAACCCCAGACUAGUACAAUAGCUGUAUUUAACUAAAUGUUCCUUGAAGAGACGUUCUGAAACUUACUCCUGCUCAGUCCUUCCACAUUGCUGAUGUGUAGCUGGAAUUACUCUGAUUCUGAGAGAAGGGGUGAAAAUAAAUCAACAAGAGAGGGCAGCAGUCAAUCCCUUGACAAUUAUUUAUUUUUUUUAUUUUUUACAGUGCUGAAGUGCUGCAAAACUUGAAUUACAUACAUCAGUUUUCUGACCUAUAUUAGUUGGCGUAUUAAAACAUUUAUAUUAUAUUUAUGCAUUGCAGUAAACUUGGUGUGUGUAUAUAUAUAUGUCUUUAGAUUUUAAAUUUAUAUAAAUGCUUUACUGCAGAAAUGUGAACCACUAUUUCCAUUGUCAGCUGUCUUGUGAAAUGAAUCAAGUGCUGUUAGCUUAUCUGUAAAACUUCCCUUUUCCAAAAAUGUUACGUUAAUUUUUCCUUAGACAAAGUGCCGAGAUCCUAUAUCCAAAAGUGAUGAGAUUGAAUGUUUCUAAGCAUCUGUUUCACUUUUGAACUUAGUUUUUCUAAGUGGCUUAGAAAACUCUCAGAAACGUUAUUUAGACUAGUGCUGGCUGCUAUCUCUUGAGUCCCUAGCUCCCUAGUACAGUUGUGGGCAUUUAGUGUCCAGAAAACCUAAGUAAUAAAUGCACAAAAUAAAUCCAAAUCAUAUAUACAUUAGCAGUGUUUUGCAGUUAAAGUUAUGAACAAGAUGUUUACACUUACAGUAGGAUUACAGUAGGUAUUCGUUCCUUUUUUUUUUUUUUUUUAGUGUAAAUAAAGCAAGCAAUUCUGCUGGUAACCAGAAUGUGUUGCAAAUGCUCUCCCUUACUCAGCUAGAUUUGACCAAGAAGCUCAAGUCUCCUCACCUGAAACAAUUACAAACUUAAUAUCUUAGCACGUUGCUUUCUCUGUGGUUGGAGGUCAGGGACCAAGCCUCUAGAGAUGCUGUCACCUUGAGCUUCAUGUGCAGGCACAAGUCAAAGAUUUGGCAAGACCCCUUCAUCUUUCAGGGUCUUUCCAGCUCUAAUCUGCGAGCUCGGUGAUGAGUGCCUCUCUUGGGAUGUGAGAUCCCUGCCUGGUCUGGAGCUGGGCUUCAAAGCCCAGGCUCUGUUUUUCCCCAAGAGAGCUCUGUUGUGCAGGUGGUGGUGUCUGAGCUGGGUGGCUGGUCUCGGUGUGAGGUGGAAGGUGGUUUGCUUUGGUAGAGGAUUUGAUUCCAGAGGUGCCAAGUGUGCAGGGUGUUGGUCUGGGUUUGACACUGCUGCCCAGCCAUCCCUGCUUUCCUGGCAGCUGUGUACCCUGCAUGUGGUGGCUGAACCAUGCGUGAAGCAACUCCUGAACUUUCUCAGUUUGCAAUCCAGGUGGUUUCAGAUGUUUUGGCAGCUUAGCAACUUGCUUAAGUAGUCCUUGCUUGGCAUGGUAGCCUCAAUAGCCGCUCUAACUUAAUUCCUUCCAGCUCACAAAUCAGCAUUCUUCAAUCCAGCCAGUUCCUUCACCAAUUAAUUCUUGAAUGUUUUUCUUAACCAGCAGCCUGUGCUGCUGGCUGGCUUCUGGGGAUCAGGUUUGUAGGCACCCUUUUUCCCAGUUUCUCGAGGCCAAUGUCAGUCAGGCAGAAGGGUGCUACUGACUUGGUGCCCAGCACACCUCGCAGCAGGGCUGCGUCCCUGGGGUGCUGCUUUCAGGUGGCCACAUCUCGAGGCGAGGCCAGGCAAGGACUGGGUCACAGUGCAGGUGUGAGUGGCUUGGUCCUGGCUCUGUGUCCUUUCCUCUCCUGUGCUGCAAAAUUGGACAAACCCAAGGACUUGUAGUCAGAAAAUCCCCAAUUAUGGGGUGGAGGUUGCAGAAGAUGGGAAUAGCAGUGGUUUUCUUCCCAUCACUCCAACUCCCACCACAAUUUCUCCCAAAAUAUUUUUUCCUCCAUUUCUCCCCGUACAACAGAUUAGUUUUGGAAAGGCUCUAGAACAGCUGACCUAAGGGUAAAGCACAACAGUUGGACUGCAGAAGUGGAAAAAAGAGAGAAUGCCAUAAACACGAGGCUUCAGCCUACAGAGGUGAGGGAGAUGUGCAGCAGGCAGGCUUUCUCUUCCUCACCUGGCCUCUGUAGAGCCAUUCGUGCUCCUAAAUAGUCAGCACUGGAUUCCAAAUUCUCCUUCUCUUUCUAACCUGAGAAAGGGACAUCCUGAAAUCUUCUGUUGUACUACAGCAGGGUCGGUCUGUCUGUCUUUAAAUAGUUUGUCAGCAAUCCAUAGAGUUUUAGAUUUUUGAAAAUGCUGUAUUGACUCAGCUGAUCCUGGUCACUUGAUUUUUCAGUAGCUUUGAAGUACCUCAUCUGUGAAUUGAACCCAAAUUAAUAUGUAAUUAAACAAAAGGACAGUAGUGAAUCUGAAAAUAAAGGCAAAUUUAUGAGCCAGCUCACUAAUAACUGCAGGCAGGUCAUAGCCCUUUUGAUUUUGACAGCACAAGACUUGCAAGUCGCACUCUGCCUUCUGAUUCAGAAUUCUUGCUCAAAAUAUGUUUGAAAAAUACGUGUUUUCAUUAAAGCUACCAAAGUGCCUGGCUUUGUUUUUUAUCAACUCUCCUUCCAGAAAGCAUCAGGCAGCUUAAUUUCUUUUUUUUUUUUUUUUUUUUCCUCCAGUAUUUCUUGUGCCUGCAUGACUUGGUAAAUGCAAAAGUGUAAAAAUUGAGGGGUUUAGGGAAUGUUUUCCCUGCUUUGACUGCAGUUCCUCUGGUCAGCUCGAUAAAUACAGUGUCUGUACAGCCUGCUUGGUUUUGGGUAAUGUGCAUUUGCCAUGCAAAGUGCAGGAUGCAAUAACAAACACAAGUUGUUCCAAGUGCCAAACUUGUGGUUUCCUCUGUAUAUAACAAUAAUUCAACUCUUCUGUUAAAACACAGAAUGCUUAAAAUUCACUGUGUUUAAAAAAAAAAAAAAAAUAAUGAUUCUUUUUUUUAAUGAAUGUUGCUUAAAACACUGUAAAUCUUUAAUUUUUGUGUAAUACUGUUCUGCAGAUUUGUGUUACUCUUCACAGCUGCCUUGUGCCAUCACUCCGUGUGAUGCAUAUGGACACGCUGCUCUUUAUUGGAGCACUAGUGCCAUGCAAGUAUAUAAUGAAUGGCAGCUGACAAUAGGUUUUAGUAUAUAAAAUUAUACAUAUUUAGAUAAAGUACAAUUCGUUUGAAUUAAUCUUAUCUGCAGAAGGAAAGUUGUGUCCCAGAAAAUGUGAAUAUAACCAGGGACGCAGGCGUACUGAAGAUUUUACUGAAGGGAUGUUUUUGUGCCACUCAGAGUGAUACUUCCCAACAGUUUAUUUGCUGUAGAGUAUGGAUCCUUCCUGCCUCUAAGGUUUUUGGGGGUUGUGUUCUCAUCUUUGGAGUAAUUAAACAGCUUUUCCAGGGGCUGUGUUAAAUAUAUACAUGCUUGUUUUUCGGGUAGAGGCUACUGAUUCCACGUUAACUUGGAGUAUUUUCUCUUACUGCUGAGGGAUGAGUUAAGGCCUGCGUUGCGGUCACUAGUACUGUAGCCUUUAGGCAUUUGCCAUUUUCUGUUGCCCUUCCUUGUUUGUUACUGGAGAUGAGAGCUGGAUUGGUGGGGUCUGCACUUCCGUGGCACAGUGCUUUGGAAAGAAAAGUAGGGAGGUCUGUCUCAUCACUUCACAUUGGGAAGCUGAGCUAGCAGAAGCUGACUGGGAGAUACCACUGUAAAGACACUAAGAUUUGGGUGAAGCACUGCUCACUUUCUUUAGAGAUCACAUCUGUACUCUGAAGUUUAUUGAUAUGUUUGAGAGCAGAUACUCGACCUCCCUUUUUUUUUUUUCCUCCGGAGAAAUUUAUUACCGUAGGAAGGAUUGCAACGAGGCUUUAAAGAAUAUCUUUGAUCAGCUGUGUCCUGUGUGACUCUUGGUAACCUGCGUGUUGCUGUACUCUGGUAAUCAGUUGUCUCAAAUCUUGAUUAACAAGUGAUCUGAAAGAAUACAUUAAAACCAUUCUAAGUGCCUAAUUAGAUAAACACUUGCUAAAAUGUACUAACAGUAAUAGGAACAUUAAACUAUAAAUUGCUACCAACAGGUGAUUAUGUUGUAAGUUUGUCAAUAAUACAAAAUCUGAAAAAAUAGUUUUUAAAAUAGCUUGUUCAGGAUAGCUGCUUACAAGUUACAAAAAUAAUCGUAACACAGAGUCAGAUUGUUUAGGAAUAAUACUUGAAGGUUAGUUGAAAUAAUCUAUUGAAUAUCUUGAAAAAUGAGCUGUAAGACUGGAACUUUUCAAUGUAAAAGGUUAAAGCUUGUUGCCCGGUAUUUCUGCAGGGUUUUGUGUAAAUGAUACACACCUGCCAGAGCACAUCAGUAAAUGAACAUGCUCAAUGCCAUUGCCUACCUAUGCCCUUGAAUUUUCAUAAUGAAAUGAGACAGUACUGAGCCCUUGUAAAAGCUGAUGGAUUUGAUUACAAUAACAGGAUAGAAAGAAGCAUCCCCAAUGUAAGUAACAUCUAUUAUUUUAUUGAUUAAAACCUAAACAUGUAAUUUUUUAAUGCUAGGUGCUUCUGAAUCACCAUCUAAUGCCCUUGAUUUUUCUUUGCCUUUCCUCCUUUCCUUUUCAGUCAAUGCGAAGACAUCCUCUGGUUUUGUCAAGGACAAGUUUCUGUCGUUUGUAUUUUUAAACCCAAUCAGAGCCUGAAGAGGCUCAUUUAAGCAGGCUGUACAGUGGGCUGCUUUUAUAAGUAUAAUUUUUGUUUUUCUGAAAUCUGCUGUCACCUGCAUGAAUUUCAGAAUAGGAAAAAAAAAAUGUGGAACAAUAUUGCACUUGAUAAAGAGCAAGAGCCAUUUUGGAAAGUAUAAAUUUCUUUAUGUGAUAGGAAAUUAGCUAAAAAGACAUCACUGGCUGUUAUUGAAUUUCUCAACUUAAUGAUCUCACGUGCUAAAGCUUCAGCUAGGCAGCUCUGUUCUGUGAAUUUACAGGUAAUAGUAGGAAAGCAUUAUCGUUCUUGUCAUGUUUUUCACUAUUUCAGUAAAAACAAAGUGUAUUUCAUUAUUGGAAUAAGUGGAAAAAAUACACCGGGGGUAUCUGGCAAGGUGCUCAUGUUGAACAGAGCAGCUGAAGAUCUUGUUAAAGUUUUGUGCUGAUAGGAAACCAAGGGGUAGCCUCCUAAGAAAUGUUUUCUCAUAAUCUUUCAGAACUGGUCUUAAACUAGUCCAAAGGACUCUUCUGGAUCGCCUGCAGCAACUGAGAUUGUUCUAGCUGUUGUUUAGUUGGGGAAACAGCUGUUAAGUCAAUUUUAGGCUUUUUUGUUUUUGUCCUCACUAACUUCCCAAACCUAAUGAUUUACUUCUUGUUGCUUUUUGUAGUUAGGGGUCUGAGACUAUAUUUUGCAAUUUAUGGUAGUAUGUCAAUACCUUAAUUUAACUUAUUUAAACAACAAGCUGUGUUCUGGUAGACUUCAAGGAGCUGUCUUUAAAAUCACAGUGUAAUUGGGGAGGAAAAUUACUUGUACAGUGGCAAGACUCUCCUUUUACUGUGCAUGGCCUUGCUGUUUGCAUCCCAUGGGGCAAGAGGCCAUUUUUGGCACAGAGCUGGUAUAAUUGCUGCCCCUUGAUGCCUUUGGGGUGUGGAAACAUGGCUGGGAUGUUGCCUGUCUUCAGGUGAAGUCUCAAGUCAGGAAAGUGUCAAGGCUGAGAAUUUGCCCACCUGAAGCCCUUUCAAACCAAAAGAUGCUGGGCGUACCUUGCUGCAAAAUACUGCUUUCUGGCCUCAUUUUUUUGUAAUUUGCUCUUACGUGCAGGACUUAGGUUUCAUUCUUGCCCCAAAUUUACUUCUGAAUCCAAUGCUUUCACUGCUGUAGGUCGGAGGAAGUCCAUGCAAACUUGAUCUUCCUGUGCACUGGCUUCUUGUACAUCUUAGCAUCCUUUAACGCCACUCAGUGUGUGUGGGGAGAGUGCUUAAUAGAUGAUGAAAUGACAUUUCAUCAAGCUUGUAAAACUGUGGUGUCUGCAGGUUAAAGAUCACCUGAGCAGCUGUAAGCAAUCCUGUACAUAGAACACGUGUAGCACGCUCCCGUGUAUGUUAUUUGUGGCUGGAAGUCUGCCUUUUGGUCCAUGCAUGGGGGGAAGCCCCUAUUCCCAGCUACCUCAUUUUUUUGCACUUUGUCAAAUCAUUUUUUUUAAAUUACAUUUUGUCCUUCAAUAAAAAAUAAAACCAGACAAGAAGCAGGGCAGAAUGAUGCCAUUGUCCAAGGACAGUUUACUUUAAUUUCAUUUUAAAUGCAUGUUUCUGUACAAAAAGACCAAGGUUGACCUGCAGCUGCUGUAAAAGUAAAUAAAAAAUUAUAUUACUUGAAAGUAACUGUUAUACUUGUAAAUGAGCUAGCAAUUGAAAGACUGUCCUGGUGAUUUUUAAAUAGGAAAAAAACUAAAAUGUAGAGGUCUACUUUUUAAAGACAGAUUAGAUGUUUUUUUUUUCUCUGCUUCUACUCUGCACUGUUUUGCCUGUGAACUUGAUCCAUUUUCUCAAUAGAGAGAUUCACUGACUUAUCUGUAAGGUCAAAUUUGGACUUCCUUACAUGCAAUUCCCCAUUUACUGUAUAAAUAAAUGAGAAAGUGUCCAAAUAAACACAUUUUCUGCACCUGAGAUUUUAUUUUGGUCAUUUUCUUUGGGACCUUCAAGUAUGCAGGUUUUUCAUCAGUUUGAAGAAUUAAAAAAAUAUAUGCUUUUUUUUCCGAUUCUAAAGGUGCUAUUUUGACAUAUUUUUUGAAUUCCUUACACUGUGCUUGACUUAUUAAAGUACCAAUGUGAGCUGAUAAUCAGCUCGUGUUUGUUCUGGUUUUUGUUUUGAGUAUUCAGUCCUUCAAAAAAAAAAAAAAAAAAACAAAACCCUUUUCAUAGACAGCUUCCUAAUAGCCUUAAUAAUAAAAAAAUGUAAUUGGGAAAAAUGCUGCCUUUUUCCUGCCUUUAUAAAGGCAACAACAACAGCAAAAAGAAAUGCUUCACAAGGAAAUCUUCCUCUAAAAUGUUAAGUAGCGGCUCAUACUAACUUUGAAUUGAAUGUAGCAAAUAUUGUACUGGCCACGCACAAAUAGUAGGGAUAAAACAAGGAGCUAUUCAUGUCCCUGCAGGCUGUACCAAUUAGCUACUAAUUCCAGAGCCUUCUAUUGGCAUCAUGGUGGCUAUUCAGUAAAUAUUAAUCUUCUUGGGCUAGAUCCCAGGACCUGGCUGUGUUGUUCCCACUUUGGGAUACGCUGACCUAUGCGGCUGUAGGAGCAUCUGGAUGUUGUUUGGCCUGGCCUGAGGUAGGAUUUUUGCCAUCAAAUUUGAGGCAUGCAAAUGGCUGGCAAUGUCCUCGUCACCCCAGAAAGCUCAACCACGGUUGGGAGGUAGAAGAGGAGCCACCAAAUGCUGCUGUGGGGUGGCCAUCGAGCGGCCCCAGCCUGGUGGUCUGAGGAGGCUGUUGUAGAUGUGAGCCGUGGAGGAAAGAGCUGAAUUUUAGUCCUGGGUAGGAACCUUGUUGUUGCCCUUGUAGUGGUCUCUGUAUUUUUGUUGAAUCCUUAUCAUCAGGUCAGCUUCGUGAUUUGAUAUCUUCACGUUGCUGAAAGAUUUUGGUUCUGUGGAGGUCAGAAAAUUGCGCGCUGCCCGGUCAGAAGCAGCAGGAAGAAUCAGGGGGAUCUCUGUGAACCUAGCCAAUCUUCAGCAUCAAGUUCCGUGUCUUUGCACAGGCUUCAAAGUCCUAUGGGUGUAACGUUCCUCAGUUGUUAAUCUAAAAGCCUUUUAACUCCUGAAAAGUUGAGAGACAGCCUCAUGUUGGGUGCUGUGCUCCAGGCAACCCCAGCUUGCCCGGCCUGGCCUUGUCCAGGAGCCACGGGCUGGCGGCCUUCGUGAGGAACUGCUGUGUUCCCUGCAGCACGCAGGGAAACAGCCAGAAAACAAGAGACACAGGGAGCCCUACUGAGCCUCCACACCCCUGAUCCCCUUAUUUUAGGGAAAGCUGACGAGGAGCACCAUCACCAGGCCUGCACGCAGCCUGAGCCUUGCGGCUGCUCCCCAGCAGCAGGGCUGAGGAGAUGUCCCUGCUGCCCGUAAGGUUUGUGGGCUGACUGCUAUCAGAGACCCAAUGUGGUGUUUUAUUGUACUUAAGUACACUACACCAGCACAUUGGAUUUAAAUCAAAGUGUUGGAGGCUCUGGAGCCUUUUCUGCAGGGUAGGACGAGUGUAGGCCUAACUAUCCAGGGAGCUCCUGGCUGCCUGGUUUUCCACCCUCCCUUUUAUUUGUCUGUAGUAAACAGAAAUGUGUAGUUGCCUCCCAGUUUGCUUACUUACUGUUUAGUAAUCUGAAGUUGGAGCCUGAUAAUUUGAGAUCUUUUCUUUUGAAGGCAAAAUUUAAGUAAAAUUUAUUCAAAUUAGAUGCUCUACCUUCAGAGUUUUCUCUCUAUAAACCUUGUUUAUUGAGUACCAUGAAUCUUGCAGGGUUGGACUAAAGAAUUAAAAUCCAUAUGUGAAUGAUGGCUAACUUAGUAUAAAUUUGUACUAUACCAAUCUUCUCUUUUAGCAUAGGAAAACAAAAUAACAACUGCCUUGAUUAACAAAGUCAUGAAACCAGUAUUCCUGUGAGCCAAGCAGCAGGAGGGUGUUGGGUUGUCAGGCCUUUCCUAAGCAUAUUGCUACCGCUCUCAUGAAGGUUCAGCCUUCUGUCAAAUGUAAGGUACUGAUGACUGUCAGCAUAUUGUCAGAAUAUAUUGUCGCCUUUUCUACACAAAUAUGUCAGUGAUACGGUAGAAACACUCACCUGGUCAUGUUUACCAUCACUCUAUGCAGCUUGACAGCUCAGUUUACUCCCAUCAUCCAGCUGUCAUGCUUUGACUUCUGCAUUACAGAUGUGCUUACUGUUCCAGGCUUUUUAUAUGCAUACGUUUUCUGUGUGUCUUUCUGUUCUGUGUGGGAAUUGAGUCUUUGCUUUUUUUUUUCUUCACUGAGGGCCAGCCCUUGGAACACUCUGUCCUAUGUCUUUUCUUAGAGUGAAAAAUAAGAAGCAAGCACUCUGUCUUCAAUCAAACUAUGCAAUAUAGAGCUCCAGAGCUGGAUUCCUUAUGGUACAGAAGGUACACCACUCUUGUGUCCUUCCUAAUCCAGUCCUUGGUCCAAGGUUAGGAGAACUUGUACUAAAUGGCUGCCCAGGAAUCUUGUAUCCAGCUCUUGUUCACUGGUUUUACUCCUCCUUCCCCUGCCUUCUCUGUCCAGCUUGUUAGGUGUUUUGUCUGAACUAAGUGGUGUCAAAGUGUAUCCCCCCUGUCAGUGCCAUGUUGUUGCUGGUUGGAACUUGUCUUGUAAAUCCACCAGUGCAGUUUACCCACUGGGGUAAGUCAGGGGCCACUUCACAGCAUUUGCAUCUCCUUGCUCUAGAGUGCUUUAGGCAUUUGGGGUGGGCUGUGCCCCUCCAGGUAGGUCUAGGUCUUGCUUAUGUCCCCAUGAUCAGUUGUGGGUCUGGUGCUUACAGGGAUGCAUAACUGUGAUGUCUCAAAUGCAGUCUAAGUUUUCAUUUCCACUGCUUGUGCGUGUGUACACGUGCUUGAUUUUGCUGCUUCCAUUGCAAUUCAGGGAUAAAUGCCCAUGUGGUCACGACAGUUGUUGAAGAUUCAUUGUUCCCCCGUUGUGUCAUUUUUCCAGUGAAGUUUGUUCCUUGUGUUCCUCUUCGUGCUUCUACUAGAUACUAUUAACAUCAAUACACUUUUUCCCCCCAGGUCUAUGGCCUGUGAGUUGCUCUCAUCUAUCCGUUUAUCUUGUCUUCUCACAUUAUAAUGCCUUCUUCUGAGUAGUUUACUUAUAUUUGUCAUUUAAUUUAACCCACAGUGUACCUCAUACUGCUUCUCCCUAACUCCACGUCCUAGUUUGUCUUUCUUUUAAUUCAGGUUAACCUUUAUUUAUUUCCCUGAUUUCAAAAGAUUUCAGUGUAUGCACAGGAGAGAAAUGGCAAAUUUCUCUUCAGAUGUCUGUGUCUAUUCCCUCCCUGGCACAUUCAGUGUGAGGGAUUCAGACUUCACCAUCCCUAACCCCAGGCUUUUCUUAGCGCUAGGCAGAACAAAGUCUGAAGGUGUUUUUUUUUAUUUCUUUUGGUAAUUGACAAUAUUUGGAGAUUUUCUUCUUCAGAAGUAGCCACUGCAGAUAAGCAGUUGGCCUGCAAGAAGUUUGUUAUGCUUCCAUAUUCAGUAUUUUUAAUUGAGAAGCAAAUUAUUUAUUUUGGGGAGAAAUGUAAAUUUUUUUGUAUUUGUAUGUCAAAGUGGCCUUUAUAGGAAAAGCACAUAAAAUAUUUAGAUUAAAAUUGCUUAGUUGUGUAAUUUUAGUGGGGAUUUUUAUAUUGACAGGGUUUCUAUGCAUUUUUCAAAAUAUACUUACUGUUUUGUGUUUAAAUUAUUGGAAAUAUUUUUAAAACAUAUAUUUACCACAUUUUCCAUGACGGAUCCCUUUACUAUCGUUCCUUUUGAAUACUACAAAGAUUUAAUUAACCCUGUAAAUUAAUUUUCCCCCACAAAUAUUUGCAUUAAGUCAAUACGAUGAGUUACAACAUGGGUAUGUAGCUUUACGGGAAUAAUCUUCGUAGCGUAGCUUAAUUAUGGAGAGACUUUUUUGAGAAGGGCAGUGCGCAGUGUUUCAAUUGCACUUAAAAGACUAAGUUAGCAAAUAAAGUUCUUGCUGUACCUCACUAGGUUGUUUUCAUUUUUUUUCCAUCCUAUAUUGUUUACACAGUCAUUAUUAAAUAUGUGCUAUUUAUGCAGUAUGCAGUUCUCCUUCGUUUGUUGGGAUAAUACUAACGUUAAUGGAUAGGGAAAGCUUCAGAACAUGUACAGUGUCCUACAGGAUACGAUGUGAGUUUGGGGGAGGGAGGAGAGAAGCUAGAUCCAUUAUUCUAUUUUUUGCAUUUAAUUGUGUACACAUUUUCACGCUAACUGAAACUAAAUUAGUAGAGCUUUCUAUUGAAUUGUAAGUAAAAUUAGUGUUUUAAGGCGGGGGGGAGGGCGGGGGACAACGAAGGGGCUUAGAGAACUGGGCAAAACUACCCUCUGAGUUGCACUACAGCGUUUGUGCAAUUGCCUUGACUGCCUAUGCAAAGUAUAACCCGAGUUGGAUACAUCGGACCCUUCCAUUAUUGCUCUGAUUUUACUUUCUGUUCUCGAGGUGUUAUCGUAAGGCUUGCUGAGUAGAAAUUUCCAAGGAAUGUUUGUCAACCGAUGCCUCAGUUUUAUCCUUUUCUGUAUGCGUUUUAAUUUUCGCUGUUGUUUCAGUUUGAUAAGAGACCCCACGUCGCUCAUAGGUUAGCGUUAAGUGCAAGCUUUUAGGCCUAGUAACAAAUGAACAUUGCAUGCUACCACGUAUCCUCAGAACUGAAGAAAAAUGUGCAAUUUUAAUGGCACUUUGACCUGUUGUUGAAACACUGGGUUUUGCAAUGGAACAAACUCUCAACAAUUGAAAACACUCUGUCUGUAUUAGGUGUCUUGAAAGUGAAGAAAAAGGCAGUUACUCAAAUUGUACCCACAGAUAAUUUGGUAUCGAUUUUAUUCUUUUUAAGAGCUUUCUGAUCUGUUAUUAGAAAAAUACACGUUUCUUGGUUUACUUUAGUUGCCAUAAGUUGCCCAGUGCAGAGUCUGGUCCACCUCCAUCCAUUUAUUUUCAUGGAGUAGUCGCACAUAAAAUUGUAACAGCAAAGCAGAGAAACGGUUGGGUUCCUUCCCGGUAACCUUGCUUGCAGAAUUGCUUUGUGGCUCGCACAUGAUACAAAAAGGGACGUGAGAAUUUUCCUGGAUUAAGUAGCACUUGCUUUGUUUACGUGUUCAGUAUAACGUUGGGUGACUAAAGGGAGGUUCCCUUUUUAAAGUAUUUGAAUUGUGCUUUGGGGACUUAGUUGCCACUGUGCAAAUUGUGCUGUAAUAUUGUACCAAGGAUCAGUGAAAGUGUUUUAUCUUUUUUAAUGUUGUUUGUAUUUGACCGGGUUUUAUAAAUGUAAGAAAACAGAGUGUUGUAUUUUGAUCUGAAAUUUGCGUAUGGUAAAGUAACUUUGCUUUAUGUAUUGGAGGUUUGUUCAGAACUUGAAUUAUUUUAUAGAAGGGUACAGACCAAAAUUAAUUGUCUUAAAGGUGUUUAAUAAACUAACCAAAUAAAACAUUGAUGGUUUGAAAACUUG